UAAAUGUUUAUGUCCUAUCUUAAUGAAUGUAUUGAAAUAUUUUAGAGUUGGUGUGUUUAGUUUAAUUUAUUCGUUUUGGUUUUAUAUUUUAAAUUUGCGUAUCUAUUCACAAACAUUAAAUAUUUUAUAGUAAUUGUGCAAUAUUAUUUAAGAUUAUUUAUAUACUAAUAAUACUAAGAAAUAAUGUGAUAUGCAUCGGUUUAUCGUUCGAAGUGGAUGAUAAGCGAUUUGGAUGAUUAUAUUUUAUGAUUUGUGUAUCAUAUAGCGAAGUGUGUAAUGGAAGUUGUAUGUCGUUAGAUUCUGUCUGUGACCUCACGUGUGACGUGUUUAUAGUCGUGUUAAUAUCAAAGUACAAUCUUAUUGAAGGUCGAUAGCUAGACGAUUCAUAAUGUUAAGAUCAAAAUUGCUAAAAGCGUUAAUUUUAGGCGCCCCAGCUUCAGGAAAAGGGACGAUAUCAACGAGAAUAGUAAAAAAAUAUGCUAUUGAACAUGUAUCAAGUGGUGAUAAGCUUAGAGACCAUAUAGAAAGGAAGACAGACCUGGGUAAGGAAGUCCAGAGCUAUUUAAGUGAAGGCAAAUUAGUACCUGAUGAUGUGAUUAUUAAAUUUAUGGUUGCUGAAUUGAAAAAGGUGGAAAAUCGGGCAUGGCUAUUAGAUGGUUUUCCUAGAACUGUGACCCAAGCAAAUGCUUUAUGGAAAUUACAGCCAGUAGAUGUUGUUUUAAACUUAGUAGUGCCUUUUGACAUUAUAAUUGAUAGGGUUAAAAAUCGGUGGGUACAUUUAUCAUCAGGUAGAGUCUACAAUAUUGGUUUUAACACACCAAAAGUGCUAGGAAAAGAUGAUGUUACUGGUGAAGACUUAAUACAGAGACCUGACGAUAAACCUGACGCAGUUAAGAAGCGACUAGAAAUUUAUGACAGAAUGACAAGACCUGUAAUAGAUUUUUAUUUAGAGAAAGGUAUACUCAAGAACUUUGAAGGUAAAACUUCAGAUGAAAUUUGGCCAAAGGUAACACAAUAUUUGGACUCUUUAAAACUUUGAAUUUGGGAUAUUAUAAACACUUCUUUGUUAACAUAAAUUUUUACAAAACUGCAAUUACGAGAUCUUAAAAAUUUAAAAAUUGUUGUGCACAUAACUUAUGAAGUCAUAAUGUUGCCAUAUCUUAAUAAUAUACUAUAGUAAUGAUGGUUGCAUGAUUCAGUGUAAUAUAUAAACUAAGAAUCAACCAAUAGUUAUACAAUUUUUAAAUGUCCAAUAGUUAAAGAUUAUAGCAAAGUUUUUUUUUAAUAACAUUCUAUGUGGUGAUUUUCUGUGAAUUGUAGUCUUCCAAUAUAAUGGCACAAAACAUACAUAAAUGUACAAAAUUAUAAAAGAUUAAGUUAGUUUCAUAGAUUGUUCAAUUUAAUAGUUUUAUGUACAAAAAAUAAACUAAUAUAUUAUCUUAGUAAUUGUAUACAAUUUUAUUUUAUAUAUAUUUACAUGUCUUGCCAUUAAAUUUUUAUGGUUUUUUUCUUUCCUUAAUAAAUCUGAGGUUAUGUAAAAAAAUUUAUAUUACAACUUAUUGAUUUAUAUUGAGAUUUAAAAUCACUGUCAAUGAAAAAAAUAUGGACAUUAUUAAAAAAAUCAUGUCUUAUUUAAGUGUUGAGAUAUUUCAGAGUAUUAUUCUCAAUUAACUUACUUUUCAUGGCAGCUAUAUUACGGGUACCUCAAUGGUGCCUUUUUCGGCCGUGAAGUGCUUAUGUGUAAACAUUACUGUGUUUCAGUCUGAUAGGCGCCAUAGCUAGCGAAAUUACUGCCCAAAUGAGACUUAAUAUCUUGUCUUAAGCCGACGAGCGCAAUUGUAGUGCCACUCAGAAGUUUUGGGUUUUUCAUGAAUCCUUCAUUGUAAUGGGCAGGGCAGGGCGUAUGAAUUACCACCAGCUGAACGUCCUAAUCGAUUUGUCCCUUAUUUUCAUUUAAAAAAAAAUAAAAUGGAUUUAGCUGUUUCUGAGAUAAGUGUGCUCUAGCAAAUCAACAAACACAAAAAAUGCUAGAAACUAUUUUUUGGAGUUGGUUACGUAAGUUAAACAUAUAUACAAAUGAUUUUAUAUAGGAAUUAUUAAAUGCACAGUCUCUGCACCGCUAUGAUUUCAUUAUUACAUGUUAUCAUAAUAUUAUAUUACUAAAUGUCCGGAAUUCCAGUGCUCAAAUUAGAGCCCCUGUAGAUUAGUUUGUUACUGUGUAAGUUAUAUCAAAGUUGUCAUAGACAGAUAGUUUGAAUAUUAUAAUGGUAGCUGAUAAAUUAUAAGCUAACUUUUAUGGCCUUACAAAUGAACUUGGUAUAAAGUUAUAACUGAUGAUAAACAAAGAAAAUGCAAAAUUGCCUUGCAAAUAAACGAGGGAAACGUUAUAUAUCCAAACAAACCAUUGGUAAGCAAAAUGUCUAUUUGUAAACAUUUUAUAUAUUCUUGGUUUAUGCUUAGUAAUAACUUUAUACCAAUUUUAUUUAUAAAGCCGUUAAUGUUUACAAACUAGUUAAUGGUGUCUUGUUUAUAUUAAGAUAUAAAAUGUGUUAUUUUCAUUUACAUAAUAUGUGAUUUAUUAUUAAGGAUAAAUGAAUUUUACUGUUGUUGCUAUUGAAGUUUUAAUAGAUUUGUGUACUUAUUGUAACAAUAAUUAUUUUCAUAUGGAGAUAAUAAGCCUAAGUAGUCAUAAAUGUUCAAACACAUGAAUAGUUUGUAGAUACAUAUACCAAAGUCAUAUUUUAUUGUUUCUGAGAGGAGUUGAGAAAUAAAAGUGAUAAAACGUA